AAAUAAACACGGAAAAAGAAACGCCAUUUUCUGGUUGUCAUAGGUUGUACGCAGUUAAAUUUUUUGUGAUAAAACUUAGUGUUCCUUUGUUACCUAUUAACAUAUAUAAAAAUAGUAAUGGCUAGUCGGAAGAAGACUUUGUUGAAGGUCAUCAUCCUGGGCGAUUCCAGUGUGGGAAAGACUUCCUUGAUGAACCAGUACGUAAAUAGAAAAUUCUCAAACCAGUACAAAGCGACCAUAGGUGCCGAUUUUCUUACGAAAGAACUCACAGUGGAUGAUCGAACUGUUACAAUGCAAAUAUGGGAUACUGCUGGUCAGGAAAGGUUUCAGUCCUUAGGUGUAGCCUUUUACAGAGGGGCAGACUGCUGUGUGUUAGGAAUAUAUGGCUUGUCUUUUUUAAAAGCGGAACCAGUACAAAGCAGAAUCAGACAGGGUGACCCGUUAAGCCCACUUCUCUUUAAUAUAAUGAUGGACGAAAUAAUACCAGCAGUACAUAAAGGUCAUGACUACAGAAUGGGGAACAAAGAAAUCCAAAUAUUAUGUUAUGCAGACGACGCCUCAUUAAUCGCCGAGACAGAAGACGAGCUCCAAAGAUUAAUAUACAUCUUCAAAACAACAGCUAAGAAAUACAAUAUGAUAAUAUCAGCAGAAAAAACCAAAUGUAUGACAACAUCUAAAUACCCACUACGAUGUAAAAUCGAAAUUGAUGGGAAAAUAAUAAAGCAGGAAGCAAGGUUUAGAUAUCUGGGAAUAGAUAUAACCAGUUACAGAUAUGUUGAAGAAGAAGGACAUGUUAUGAGGGGAGAUAAAUACCAGUUGCUGCAAUUGAUUAUACAGGGAAAGAUAAUGGGAAAGAGAUCUAUAGGAAGAAGAAGGCAUUCAUGGUUGAAAAACUUGAGAGAAAGGUACAAUUGCACCAAUUACCAACUGUUUAGAUCUGCAGCAUCAAAAAUACGCAUAGCUUUGAUGAUAGCCAAACUUCGAAACGAAGACGGCACUUGA